AUGAGUGCCAGUAAACAGCUCCAAAGUCUCAUCCGUUCCAUUGAGACGGACUUGGGGAUUGAACCCAAUGCAUUCAUUCAUGAAACCAACCAGUCAAUCAAAAUCAAGGAUCGAAAAAAGAAAAUAACGAUUACCAAGUCAAUGAAUCAACCCGAGAUUACAAAACUUGAUAUUCGUGUGGGUCAAAUCACGAAAGUUUGGAAACAUGAAACAGCUGAGAAACUUUUUUGUGAAGAAAUUAAUGUCGGUGAAGAAAGACCUCGUGUUAUUGCUAGUGGACUAGUGGCUCAUUAUUCACUUGAAGAAAUGCAAAAUCGUCGCGUUCUUGUGUUGUGUAAUCUGAAACCACGUAAUCUCGUGGGGUUUCGUAGUCAUGGGAUGGUCCUGUGUGCAGUGGUUCAGUUGGAGAAUGAAAACGAGAAAGUGGUGUUGGUGACACCACCGGAAGGGGCUGUAAUUGGAGAACGGAUCACGUUUGAUGGGCUUCAAGGUGAACCCAUUUCACCGGCGCAGGUUGAGAAGAAAAAGGUGCUUUUGGUUUUGGGAGAAGAGAUGAAGACGGAUGACAAGGGCAUUGCCAAGUGGAAAGAACAUGAGUUUCAAACGUCAAAAGGUCCUUGUACGGCCUCUGUGACCAAUGGGGUCAUUCGAUAA